AACCGCGGUUUUUGUCUCUCAUGGCAGAAUCUGCCAUUCCGUCAUCCGUGGGUAAUUAAAGUCGUCUCUCUAUCUACGCAUUCGGGAUUUUUGAAGCCGUAAUAACUGUCCAUGACGGCUGAUUUCUUCGAUUAGCAGGUGAGACACUAACAAGCUCAAGUGUCCAAGAAGGCUGAUGCAGAUUCAUGUUUAUAAUCAAAAAACCUGAAGUCUGCUUUAGCUGAACUUGCUUGAUGUGGUUUUAACUGAAGGAUUGAUUCACUAUAUUCCAUUAACAAACAGUUCUCAAAGUCAUUUCUCCCAGUGAUUAGGGUAAAAUUGGUAUAGAAGUGUUGAUAAGAAGUGCACCAUGGAGAUUUUAUGUUGAAAUCAAGAUAGAUUAGGUUGUGUAUAGGAAUUAGGAGCAACACAAUGGGUUCAAUACAUAAACAAAUCUUCAUAUUCUUUCUCUUUUCACUAGUUCUAUAUACUACUUCUGCUACAUCAGAUUCAGAAAACAAGACUACUACAGAGAGGCUAAUAACUGCUCCAUUGAAGGACACAAUAGGAAGUGUUAUAGAUGGAAACAACUUAGGUGAAGUCUUUAACACCAUUAACGAUGAAGUUGAUGGAAAAAAGAGUGGAAACUCAAACUCAAACUCAAACUCAAACAACAGGGUUUCAGUGACUACUGUUGCUUUGUUUACAUUAGCCAUGGCUGCUGCUACUGGUUUGGGUGCUUUGCCAUUUUUCUUUGUUGAACUUGAUGCUCAAUGGGCAGGAAUAUGUAAUGGAAUGGCUGCAGGAGUUAUGUUAGCAGCAAGUUUUGAUUUGAUACAAGAAGGAAGAGAUCAUGGUAGUGGUAGUUGGGUUGUCAUGGGUAUUUUGACAGGUGGCAUCUUUAUCUGGCUAUGUAAGCAGUUUCUUGAGCAUUAUGGUGAAGUGAGUAUGUUGGACAUAAAAGGAGCAGAUGCAAAUAAGGUUAUUCUUGUAAUUGGGAUCAUGACUCUUCAUUCUUUUGGGGAAGGUUCUGGAGUUGGAGUAUCUUUUGCUGGAUCAAAAGGUCUUUCUCAGGGUCUUUUGGUAACUUUGGCUAUUGCUGUUCAUAAUAUUCCAGAAGGGUUAGCUGUUAGUAUGGUUCUUGCAUCAAGAGGAGUCUCUCCACAAAAUGCUAUGUUAUGGAGUGUAAUUACAUCUUUGCCCCAGCCUAUUGUAGCAGUACCUUCGUUUAUAUGUGCUGAUGCCUUCAAUAAAAUGUUGCCAUUUUGUACGGGGUUUGCAGCAGGGUGUAUGAUCUGGAUGGUUGUUGCUGAGGUUCUUCCAGAUGCAUUUAAGGAAGCAUCUCCAUCUCAUGUCGCAUCAGCAGCCACUCUUUCAGUUGCCUCCAUGGAAGCUCUUGGAGCCAUGUUCCAAAAUUUCGGCCUCAAUUACAAUUCAGAAGGCGCAUCCGGCUUCCUUGUCUCCUUACUUUUUGGUCUGGGCCCAUUACUAGGCGGCAACAUCUUGGUGGCCUUCGCCCUCGCCUUCCACCUCCACCACACCCUCCUCACCGGAAUAUCCUCCGGCAUCGCCUUCCUCCUUGCCACCUGGCGGCCCCUCCAACUCCUCUUCACCUCCAAACUCAACUUCUUCACCCUCGCUUUCCUCCUAACCACCGGCGCCACCUUCACACACAUCACCACCACCGCCACCACCAAACUCGCCGCCCGUAAAAAAACCUCCGCCAACACCUUACCGGAUUCCCGUUAUUCCACCACCUUCACCAUCUCCCCAACCACCCUCCAAUCAAUCCUCUCAUGUCUAACCAUCGCCCUCCACGCCCUAGCGGAAGGGCUCGUGUUAGGUGUGGCGGCACCGAAAGCGUACGGGUUCGGCCGCCACAUGCUCCUCCCCGUUUGCCUCCACGGGUUGACCCGCGGGGCGGCGGUUGCGAGUUGUAUAUUUGGAGCGACCGAUAGUUGGUACGGGGCGUUGGCGGGGUCCGGGUUGAUUGGAAUUGUGGGCCCGGUUUCGGCGAUUGGUGCGAUACUUGUGGGGAUUGAUUAUAGCGGUUUGGACCAUUUGAUGGUGUUUGCGUGUGGCGGUUUGAUACCGUGUUUUUUGAGUAUGUUUAAAAGGGCGGUGAGGUUGGAUCGCCGGAAAAGUAUGGCGGGUGUGGUGGCCGGUGUCGGUUUUGCCACCGUUUGUCUUAUGUCCACCAAGUUGGUUUGUUUGCAUACACCGUAUUGUAAUUCGGCGCCUGAGGCCGUCAGAUAAUUGUUUGAAUUGUUUGUUCUAUCUGGUUAGAUGACUGGAACACAACUGUGUUCCAAUCAUCUGAUAUCAGAUGACCGGAAUGCUCUGGUCAUCUGAUAAUGGUAGAUUAUGCUUUUUGAGCACAUCAUAGAAAAAGGUUUUUUUUUUGGGAGCACGGGGAAUAGGAUAUUAUUAUUUGCUUGUAAUGGCAUAUGGCUCUUUAAAAUCUAAUGGUGGCUCACUAAUUCGUAAUAUUUUUAAUGGUCAAGUGUUGGGGUUGUAACAUACGACGAAUUUUACUAAACUUUAUAGAGAAACAGAU